UCUGAUGGCAUGAGGUCGGUGCAGCUCCGUCACACACACACACUUGAGCUUGAGUCCGUAAGAUAAACCAGUCAACCGCCAAAAUGGAGGUGGAAGCGGUUAUAUAGUGAACGUCGGAGGAUAUAAGAAAAGGAAAUUAUCUCAGGAGGCUUUAAAUCCAAUUAUUUUUGGUGUCGAUAAAAAAACAGUGACGUGUUCUGGAUACUUAUAAAUAAUAAAAGUGAAAUAGUGAAAGAAAAUUAAAACUAAUUAGUGACAGAAAACCAAAACAAAACAAAAAAACCAGAAAAUAUGUUUAUAAUAACGAGAACUAUAUAUGUGCCGCUGUGGGCGUUCUUAGUGGCGUGUGUUGCCUCGACUUCAACAGCGGAGAGCACGGAGUUUGGGUGUGACCUGUCGCUAGAACAGCCAUGCAGGUCUAACUCGUCUCAAUGCGUGCCUCUGGUCAAUGUUGGAGACGGCUACAUCGAUUGUCCGGAUGGCUCAGAUGAAGAUUGCCCCGAAGGCUGGUACGUGUGUGAGGACCGGUCAGCGUGUGUGUCGCCAGAGCUGCUGCAGGAUGGAGUACCUGACUGCUUCGACGAGUCUGACGAAACGUGUGACGACUGGCAGCAUGAGUGCCUGUGUGGCUUCCCUCGUUGUGUCGACGCUUCUCUGGUGGGCGACGGCAACCUCGACUGUCUGGAGGGAUCCGACGAACUGAGCAUCGAUAAGAACACCUACAUCUGCCCCUCAGAGAUGACCCAAGACCUGGAGAUACGUAGAAGGCGUCGACGACAGACCCAUGCUUCAGAAGGCGUGCGGACUGUAGUGGGGAAGGGGAGCACGACAGAGGUGUUCCUGGCACCCGUAGAGACUGAAGGAGACAGGGGGCUCCUCUCCUCCACCGUGGACACCUUCAUCAAUGACGGCACCACCUCAGAGUACGCCACGCUUGUGUACGGGACUCACCUUCACGACGGACGCUACGCUCAGGUCACCUCGACGUCUUCUCGCGUGUUUUAUGCCAUACCGACCAGACUGCACAGUGGACAGCCCGAGGGAUUGGCGUCGUCUGAUCUGUACACCCGUGUCGACAAAACUGUCACCACGGUGUACACUACGCGCUACUUACACACACACAUUGACGGUACCUACGCUCAGCUGAUUGAGACAAUGACGGACAUACACUCUGAUCCUUCUUCAUCUCCCACAGUGGCCUUCAGCAUCCCCGUUCAGGGUACCUUCUUGACCGAGGCUUCAGGUGGUCAGCACGCCCAGCUACAGGUCAGUCUGCUAGAUGGUUCCAUUAACCCUCAACCCGCAGCCGAUGAGGUAGUGACGCUGACGGGUACUCAGGGUCAGUUCAUCAAGGACGGACCCUCACACCACACCACUUACAAUGUCUUCACCGGCUCCUACGUCAAGGAUAGUCGCACGUACCUCUUCUUCUUCGGUAACACGGCGCUGCCACACGCCCCGGGGAUCACUGGUCCUGUUCCCGGCACCCAGACCCACACUGAAGUGGUCCUCAAGAAGGGUGGGAACCAGUCCAAAAUUUUAGUGGAUAUGGAACAGGAUCUUCAGGUAAUAAUGCCAUCCAAAACCCAGAAGAUUGACUCAACAGUUGCUCCCGACCUUCUGAUGGGUGAAGGUGUGGUGGACGGGCGAAUCAUGGGCGGGGUGUUCAUCGAGGGGUCUGAAGGGUUCGACAUGGAGGGCACUCAGAGCCAGAGUGGCGAGACCAGUAUGUUGACCAUCACCAUCGGCCGCCCCGUCGCCCACACCAGGAUGGUGCAGCCGCAGUCUGUCAAACACCCGGAAGAGGUGACGGUACUCAGUAUGGCCGACAAGCUCCGUGAGACGAGCGACUUGGAUAAUGAGAUAGACGUGUCGCUGCUCCGGGCUCGGAAGGUUCGUGUUGGUGACGGGGAGAUCAUUGUCGGCCUUCGUCCUUCUCGUGCAUUAGAGGCAAACCUUCCUACAUACACCGUCGGGCAGAUCAACGUUCCUCUCGAGCAGGUUGUCGCGAUCAGCAAGAAUUUGGGCAAAAUGAUGGAGAAGUCUGUAGAAAAGAGCGUGAGUGAGCGGCACCACGAAUCUCGCCAGCGUGAGGCCAAGUCCGUCACCGACAUCAGGUCGAGAUACAACCUUGAAAGUGGAGGAACAGACUCUGAUCUUCCUACUGUCUCUUAUGUUGGAUUUGCUGACUUCACUACCACCAUCGCCGGCACCGUCGUGGUGUUUACACCUCGCACAGAAACCCCAAAUAAGGAAGUGAAGCCACAGGUGACGAAAACCGUAGAGACACAACCACCUGUGACAGUGAAGCCGACCUUACCAACACCCCCUCCGGUGUUGACCACUCUAGCGCCCCGCCUCGCUAGUUCCAGGGAAGAGAAGAAAGACAGUAUCACAGGAAUGCCAUCAGAAACUCAGCCUUUCAGAACGACUACGAAUGAAUUUGACAACAAACAAAACAUGGAGACCCGGAUGGUGACACAGACGGAGGGAACCUCGGUGAAGACAGCUGACCAGGAGAAGCAUGGCGACGACGCGGCCGGCAGCGUUUAUUCCACCAUCUCUACUCAAAGGUUCAACACAUAUGACUUGUACCCCACGGGUCUUGUUUCUUCUAUUGGAGGAACAAUUGUGAGCAAUGAAAUGACCACUCUGCUCACCACCUAUGUGUACGGCACUUAUAUCCAGGGUCAGUAUGCACAGAUAGUGCAGAGUACCUCCAGCAUCUUCUACCUUGUGUCCCGUUCAGCUGGGGCCCAAGCAGUGCAGGCCACGUCCUCACUACAGCCCAUCACUGCCACACUCGGCCCUGAACUACCGGAACCAACAACAGAAUUCUACAAUGACUACGAGUACGACGGCUUCACCACAGAGGAUCUACCGGCGGUUGUUGAAGACAUUGUGGAUAACGCCCUUGGAAGAUCUGUGGCCUCGAGCCCCGGCCAACAGCUGAUAGUGGACACCGGCAGUGAUAAAGAGUUAGGGGAGGAGGUUGACCCCACCACACCUCAGCCAACAAGUGACUCAGUGUCCACCUACACCUACUACACCACCUACUUCACUAAUGGUGCAACGACUGUCUCAACACGUCUGGAGACCACAACAACAGAUUCCUCGCCUACAAUGGUUAAGCUUCAGCCAACUGAAGUGCCAGCGUCUACCUACCUGACCACAUAUACCUAUUACACCACUCUCUUUGUUGACGGGUCCAUACAGGUGUCCAGCCACACACAGGUGCUCACCAAGGAGGUUGGAGCCACCAUCUCAAAAUCUCUUCCUUCGUUCUUAACUCUCGUACCUACCGCAACCACUACCACUACCAAAACUGCGACCACUACCGCGACCACUACUGCAACCACUACCGCGACCGCGACCACUACCGCGACCGCGACCACUACCGCGACCGCGACCACUACCGCGACCGCGACCGCGACCGCGACCACUACCGCGACCACUACUGCGACCGCGACCACUACCGCGACCACUACCACUACUGUGACAACUACCACGACAAAGACAACAACCACAACAACCACAACUACUCCCACCCCAACGCCCCCUACUACCACCCCAGCACCAGAGACUACGGAGGAUACUCCAGGGGAAUUGGAUCUUACUGUGAUUGAGGCCAUCAGUGUGGACGACUAUGAGAGGACCACAGAGUCCGUCUUGGAAUCCUUUACAGAGUCCAUGUCAGAAAGCAUGUCAGAGUCGUCAACAGACUCAUCAGCCCAAGACGUAACAGAAGCCCCGGGAGUAUCUCUGGACUCCUCUCUCGUCCCUGAGGAAGAAGUGAACGCUGUCUUCUACCCGAAGACUUACUACACCACCUACACCUACUUCACCACCUACUACCACUCCAACACCUCCUCCAUCGUCAGCAGCCUCGAGACACUGACCAACGUGGUAACUGACCCGAGCGAACAGGAGAGGCACAAGACUCUCACCCCUGUAGUACCCACCUACCCUGUCACCUACUACACCACAUACACCUACUGGACCACCUUUUUCAAGGAGAACACUACCGUCUCUACUAGCUCUGAGGAGACCAGGUCGAACAUUGUCACACCGACGGCGAAGCCGACAACGAUCCCCACUGUUCUCCCUGAGCCUCUGGUCCCCACCGUUGAAGCUUACCCUGCCAUCUCAGUCACCUCCACACCCGCCGUCACCACCUUCUACACCACCUACACCUACUACACAUCCACCUACGUUGGGGAUCAGACAAUCGUCAACAGUCGCCUCAAGACCAUCACCAACGUCGUGUCGACCAACCCGACCACCACCAUCGAUACAGUGUUCGCUGAGGAGCACACCACCACUGAGACGACACCAUUUGGCUUCACUACCACUGAGGCAACACCACUUGGCUUCACUACCACUGAGGCAACACCAUUUGGCGUCACUACCACUGAGGCAACACCAUUUGGCGUCACUACCACUGAGGCAACACCAUUUGGCUUCACUACCACUGAGGCAACACCAUUUGGUUUCACUACCACUGAGGCAACACCAUUUGGUUUCACUACCACUGAGACAAUACCAUUUGGCUUCAUUACCACUGAGGCAACACCAUUUGGCUUCACUACCACUGAGGCAACUCCAUUUGGCUUCGAUACGACUGAAGAUAUAGUAUUUGGCUUCACUACCACUGAGACAACGCCAUUUGGCUUCACUACCACUGAUGCAACGCCAUUUGGCUUCGAUGCGACUGAAGAUAGAACAUUUGGCUUCGGUACGACUGAAGAUAGAACAUUUGGCUUCACUACCCCUGAGGAAACGCCAUUUGGCUUCGAUACGACUGAAGAUAGAACAUUUGGCUUCAGUACCACUGAGGCAACGCCAUUUGGCUUCGAUACGACUGAAGAUAGAACAUUUGGCUUCGAUACGACUGAUGAUAGAGCAUUUGGCUUCACUACCACUGAGGCAACGCCAUUUGGCUUUGAUACGACUGAAGAUAGAACAUUUGGCUUCGAUACGACUGAAGAUAGAACAUUUGGCUUCGAUACGACUGAUGAUAGAGCAUUUGGCUUCACUACCACUGAGGCAACGCCAUUUGGCUUUGAUACGACUGAAGAUACACCAUUUGGCUUCGGUACGACUGAAGAUACACCAUUUGGCUUCGAUACUACAGAGGAAAAUCUAUUUGGCUUCGAUGUGACAAAGGAUAGUCCAUUUGGUUUCACUACAAGUAAGAGCACACCAUUUGGCUUCACCACCACAGAGGAGGAACCAUUUGGAUUUGCAACCACAGGCAAGUCUCCAGAGCUGGACGACACCUUUGGGGCCACAAUGACCAAGUCCACUGGUCUUCUGUCUACCAUCCGGGGCAGCACUGUUGUUGACGGCACCACCACCAUCUUCUCCACCAACAUCAUCGGCACUGUCGUAGAUGGACUUUACGCUCAGAUUCAGUCCACGACCAGUAUUGUUGUCCUACCGACGUCUGAACCUGUGUUAGGCUUCUUCUCGCCGACGACCACCAAGGAGACCACGUCGACAGUGCCCUUCUUCUUCCUCCCCACCACCAGCGAGGAUGUGACGCCCUCUCCAGCUACCCCUGAGCCAAUCUUCCCCUUAACCACAAAUGAUGAAGUGGAGGCUCCUGUCUUUGUACCGACUCUGUUCGCGACACCGACCCUCGACUCUUCCCUGCGGGACCUGACGACUGAUGUAGCCUCCGGGGACACCGCCACAGAAGCGUUGCCAGAGGAAGACACCACAGAGCUCCCAGAGAAAGAGGUUAAUUCGCCCUUAAAGACGAAGACCAAUCCAUCGCCCAGUCGUAAUCAGUUCCCUCUGCGGAUUCCAGGAUCACGCAGGAGGCAAGAUUUUGUACCCAUAGUGAGGCGCACAACCUUCCGCCAGCGCCCGGCCACCAUCCCCAGGGACGAUGAAACACCAACAGUGACUCCUGCAAGUGAUUCUGAAUAUGAAGAACUCACAUCCACCUCUCGCCCAUUCCGGUUCGGCUUCCUGGAUAACCCCAGUAUCCGGAAAUCAGAAACCCCCUCAUCUGUCCGCUUCCGCUUCCAGUCCACCGGAGUUGAAAGUGUCCCCAAAGGCUCCUCACGCCCUGGGUUCUUUGGUACAUCAAGUAUCAGACACAGUUCGCCUGGGUUCAGGUUUGCUUCGAGCAGUUUAAAAAGGUUUGGUUCAAGCAGUCCAGGAGGCUUCAGGUUUACUGGCUCUCGUUCUUCUGUCUUCCCUGGCAGCAGUAAAGUGUUAUCGCCUUCCUCAGUUCUUCCAAGGUUGGUGACCACAGCAGCUCCACUUUCUGAUCUUCCACUAUUUGACGAGCUGGUGGAGGAGGAGGAGGGGGAGGAGUUUGUGCCUUCUCAUUCUUCAUCUGCCUCCAACAACCCUGAAGCAGGAUUCCGAAAUUUCAGUUUCCGGCCGAAACGUCCUACAAAUGUCCCAGGCACAAGGUCAUCCAUCCCCUUCACCCUGUUCAACCGUCGCCCAGCAGGCACCAAUUCCCCGAGAGAGGCGCCGAGUGCCAGCCGAUUCUCUCCGGCCGUCAACACGCCAUCUGACACAAAUUCACCCUUAACAGAAACAAAGAGUCAAAGGCCUUCCACCACCACUAAAGCGCCCAGGACUGGAGGUUUCCGUAUAGACCACCUGAACUUGAAUGAGCGUAGACGUAGCCGUUUCCGCCAGAACAGAGCUGACCUCUCCAAGUUGUUCCCUCGUAGAAAUGGUUUAAAAGAAGACCUGGACAACCAGCCUUCCAAAGUUGAACCAGUGUUUGUUGAAGCUGAUGGUCGACUUCUGACGCCAGAGGAAGUAGCGAAAAUACUUUCUGAGGCUGACGAGAUUAUAGACGAGGAACCUUUGAUCAGGAGGAAGCGUCAGACAGACUUUGGUAUGAGGACAUCAUCACGAGGCACCGCUAGGGCUGGUCGCUCCCGCACCACACUGCCGUUGUUGCCCCCGUCGUCAUCACCAAGAUUUCCCACAAGACAUCGUGGCAGGGAACGUCCUUCAGCGGCUACACCUGUUGAAAAGGAUACUGGCUCCCAGUUUACUCUGACGAAUAGUAAUACUGGGCGGACGAAGGCUCGUGCACCUCUAACAAGUGCUAGACCUACAACAAAUGCUAGACGUACAUCAAAUGCUAGACCUACAACAAAUGCUAGACCUACAUCAAAUGCUAGACCUACAUCAAAUGCUAGACCUACAACAAAUGCUAGAGCUAGAGCUACAACAAAUGCUAGACCUACAACAAAUGCUAGACCUACAACAAAUGCUAGACCUACAACAAAUGCUAGAGCUACAACAAAUGCUAGACCUACAACAAAUGCUAGACCUACAACAAAUUCUAGACCUACAACAAAUAAAAGACCUACAACAAAUGCUAGACCUACAACAAAUGCUAGACCUACAACAAAUGCUAGACCUACAACAAAUGCUAGACCUACAACAAAUGCUAGACCUACAACAAAUGCUAGAGCUAGAGCUACAACAAAUGCUAGAGACGCAACAAACUCGAGAGCUGCUUCAAGAGCUCGACUUAACAUCAACCAGGAUACAGAGCCAAAACCCCCCACCCGUUCAGAGUCCCCAAGCCGCUCUUCAUUACCAACAAGAUUGCGCUCGUCAAGGACCAGGUCAGCUGUUCCUUUAGGAAACAUCCGGGAUCGAGGUUUCAGGCGGCCAUCUACAGACAACAGUUUCCGCUCCUCUAGUAAGUUUACUCCCCCACGCCCCGCCAGCAGCCCCAUCAGGAGGCCAACAUCUUUAAGGAAAGAUACUCGUAUCAGUCGAGAACCUCCAGCCACAAACCCCAUAAAGGAGUUCAGGAACAGACCUUCACCUCCUAUCACAACAGAGCCGCCGGCCAUUUUCCCCAGUGAAGAUGGAGGCUUUUUGAUCCAGGAUGAAAUUACUAUCACACGCGAAACUCCUGUCAAGGCGACGAUUCCUCUGGUGGAAGAUGGCACGACGAUCCAGAAGGAGGUCAUCACCGCUUCCUUACAAACUGAGGUAAUUCAGCCUGACCAGAUCACCCAGACUGAAAUCGAUGGCGUCAUCAAGCUGCUGCUCAGUACCGUUGACGGCGGCAACGAGGUGACUCACUACGUGGUGGACCCCGUGGAGACCACCACAGUUACCUUCACUCCCACUUUUAUCGGAGGUCGCCGCACCUCUGCCUCUGUCGUCCUUCCCUCCACUGCCUAUAAUGUUGUGACCAUCACUAAACCGAAACAAGGCGGCGACAUUCAACAGCUGCUGCAGCUGCUGUUAGGCCAGCAACAGCAACCUCAGAACCCACUGUUAGCAGCACUAGGCCUUAAUAACCAACAGGCAACUAGUGAGGUGGUACACACAAGAUCCUACGUGACCACCGUCACCAACGUUGUGUCUACAUCCAUUCCCAUCAUCUUCCGUGGGAAAACCGUUUUCACAACCAUAGUCGAGUCAAAUGAGGAGGUGGUGACGGCAACAGAGCUGAGCACCGAGACAGUCGUCGCUUUCAACACCCUCAGUCCACUAACCAAUGCCAACCCCCUCAACCAGCUGCUGCCGUUCCUCCUCCAGGGACAGCUGCAGCAACAAGCGCCUCAAAUCAGACCCACACGGGAGCCCUCCAUUGAAGCCUCAAAAGUUGACCCCCAGUUGUUAGAGCAGCUCCUGAAACAUCAGAACCAGAAACAAGACACCCAGAGAGCCAAACUUGAGCCCGCCCCUACACCUGCCCUGGUGGAGACGUCAAUUGUCACGUUGUACGUGUCGGGUCGACAACCCGGGCAGUUCUCAACCAUCCUCUCCACCGUCACCCUCAGCGGAGACGCCACUCGCAGGAAACGAGAUUCCUUAAACACUAAAGAAGUUCAGGCAACAGUUCUCCCUCACUAUAUUGAGACUGACAAAGGUCUCUUCCAACUCCCUGACACCUACAGUGAGGAUGACAUGGACUGGUUUAUUGUGUCUGCCAUGAAUGAAAUCGAUACUAAUGAGAUCAGUAAAGUGACGCCCAGUCUAGAGUCUGUGGUGGGAGACCUGACGGAAUACAUUGACCAGGUACCGAUGAUUCGCCAAAAUGAGACCCACUCCUUCAACUCGCAGCCUUUUUUAUGGGUAGGCCCCGCUGAGUCAGCCCCGCUCAAGCGGAAUGUUCGAAGUGCACAAAGGGGCAACACCGGGUUUCCUGAAGCCCGUAAGAUCCAGGACGGGACACAACAGCAGAUUGUUGAUGGUAUAGAUGGCAAACAGCCAGUGCUCAGCCAGUUUAAUGUUCCAGGACUGAGGCUACAGAGUCGUCUGAUCUCUGAGCAGGUCCACCAGCUCCAGGCUCCCACCACCUAUUACACCACCUUCACCUAUUACACCACGCUGGUGGAUGAUGGUGGCCGCGAGUAUGUUCAGAGCUCUGAGGAGACCAUCACUCAACUGGCCACGAAUGGCAAUGUCCGCCUUGAUGACUUCACCAGAACUGACGGUGAGGAGUCUCUGCUUACCGAUGUUCCAGGAAUCCAGGCCAAGUUUACACUGGAGGAUGCCAUCAUCCCCGGCAAGCCUCGGCCAGUGCCUGAUCCCACCUUCACGGAGCCUCCACCACCAUUUGGACCAGUCAUCCCACACUUUGGGCCAGCACAGCCAACUGACCCAGAACACUUCGGGGAACCAUUAGUGAGUAGUCCUAGUUCUCCUCAAGGGGUGAGACUAACAGGACGUAGAGUUCCUCAGCCAGGGCGUGGACAUCUCAGCCCUCAACUCAUUAUUCAACCAGACAGCGACUCUGACACUCAACAUAAGCCUCGUGUCGUCGUCCUGACCCGUAAGCGCCCGAUGAGGCCGUCACAGACAGAUGACCGUGUGAGGACGGUGGUCACGCGACGCCGACCUGUCAACCAGAUACAGAGUGAUGUUCUUGCUGCCUCUGAUCAACCAAUUGAUGGACAGCAGCCUAUAAAUGUUAAUAUACCUGCUCGGCCAACACCUGUGUCGCCUGCGAUUGAGGAGAAUGUUCAACAAUUUGAAGAUUUAAAAAAAAUUGGAAGUCCUUCAGCUGACACAGCUGACAAGGACUCAACAACGGCAACACAUGAGAUAAUGGAAACAGAAGAACAGGACAUCGAGGAAGAGGCUCCAGGUAGACCGGGUAGCCGACAGCGUGUCCGUAUAACAGUCACUAGCCGGCGACAGGUGCAGGUGACCAACACCGUGGAGGCUGACAAGACCAUGACUCUGCCUGGCGGACGUCGUCGCGUGGUAGUGACCCGUCGUCUUCCUCAACCCACGGUGGUCGCCAGUCCACUGCGUCCCCUGGUGGCCACAGUCAGUACUUACUAUACUGUUUACUCGUACCUUUACACCCAGUACGAGAACGACACGCCGUUCUACGUUUCCACGAGAGAAGUCACCGUCUCCAACGAGGUGGAACCCACUGUUGUGUCCGUUCUGCCAACCUUCCAAACCGGGACCGCUGUUGGAGGAUUUUAUACACUGGAAAUGGGAAACAGCAUAGCCACCUUAGGAGAACGUGUCCUCAACUCCCUCACCACACAGGUCUUCCUGGCCUCGGCUACCUUAGUUGAUCUGUCCCCAGAAGCCGUAAGACAGAACGUGGAGGCUCAGCAGCAGUCGGUGACCUCAGACGUUACUGAGGCUACCACUCAGGUACCUCGCCGGCGCCCACCUACCGCCCCGGCCACCCUUCAAUCUUCUCUGGUGGAAGAGGAACCUGUGGCACCUACAGACACGCCCUUCCUCACCACCAGCAGCUUCAGGGAGACUCAGGCAAGAGGCCAAGCGUCACAGCAUGGGCAGAGGAAAGACUCGACGCCCUUAAUUAGAGAUGUAGUCACUACUAUACCUGAACUGCCAGAGCCUUCGAGACCUGGUGUGCGAAACCGUGGCCGUGGCACCGUCAGGUUCGCUGAUCCACGCAAUAGAGUCAGAGUAACGGUCACCAGGAGGAGACCCAUCACACCUGUUAGUGAGGCUCCGUCUGACUCACUGACCGUCGACACCCCGGAGGAGACAACCCCAUUCCAGACUCCUAAGCUGCCACGGGAAGAGUCGGCCCUUGACCACCUCCCUACAGACCCUGAGCUGCCACUGGAAGAGUCGGCCCUUGACCACCUCCCUACAGACCCUGAGCUGCCACGGGAAGAGUCGGCCCUUGACCACCUCCCUACAGACCCUGAGCUGCCACUGGAGGGGUCGGCCCUUGACCACCUCCCUACAGACCCUGAGCUGCCAGGGGAAGAGUCGGCCCUUGACCACCUCCCUACAGACCCUGAGCUGCCACGGGAAGAGUCGGCCCAUGACCACCUCCCUACAGACCCUGAGCUGCCACGGGAAGAGUCGGCCCAUGACCACCUCCCUACAGACCCUGAGCUGCCACGGGAAGAGUCGGCCCAUGACCACCUCCCUACAGACCCUGAAUUGCCACGGGAAGAGUCGGCUCUUGACCACCUCCCUACAGACCCUGAUAUUCCGGCGAUCGAGGUCACAUCUGAGUCCCCAAAGGAACGGGAUAGGCCGAGCACGGAAUCGCCCUUCAGGUUCUCCCGCCCAGGCCAGGGUAGACGGCCAGCCCCGUCACCCCCACAACGACCUUCACUUGGGGAAAGAUUUACACCACGCCCACCACUGGACGAGUCCAGAUUUACACCACGCCCACCACUGGACGAGUCCAGAUUUACACCACGCCCAUCACUGGUUGAAGACAGGUUUACACCACGCCCACCUCUGAGUGAAGAUAGGUUUACACCACGCCCACUGCCGGAUGAAGUUAGGAUUACACCACGCCCACUGCCGGAUGAAGAUAGGUUUACACCACGCCCACUGCCGGAUGAAGUUAGGAUUACACCACGCCCACAACCGAGUGAAGAGACGCCUGUAGAGGAGUCCCUAUUAGAGGCAGUACCUGUAGAGGAGUCCUUAUUAGAAGUAGUGCCUGUAGAGGAGUCCCUAUUAGAUGCAGUACCUGUAGAGGCAAUAAGCGAGGCACCACGACCCACCCCAACUCCAACUCGUCCAACUCGACCUCCAAGAAAGUCAAUCCGCAGAGACGACAUCCCCAUCAUCCGCAGGCCAGGCUUUGAGCGACCGUCGCGGCCCUUCGUGGUGCAGCAAGACCUGAAGAAGACUACGACCACCUCAAAGCCACGACUCAGGUUCACGACUCCGUCACAGCCGGAGGUCGAGUUGCCUGAAGCUCCACCUGUGACCGUCACCAAGGAACCGGAUGUUGUUGAUGAAGAGUACGUGUAUGACGACUACUAUUAUUAUGAAGACGAGUAUACUGAGUCGCCAGUGGUUGAUGGAGCUGUUGUAAGCGACCCGCAGCCACCUGAGGCAUCCGUGGAACCCCUCCCUCCCCUUGACCCAGUUGUUGAUGUUUCUCACACUGUUUCAACACUGAAACCUAAGUUUGUGAGGCCAACACAGUUCGAAAUCACGACCAGCUCCUUUGAUAUUAUCGAAGCUCUGAAACGCGAACGAACGUACACGAAAUUCGUAGCACCGACUCGGACACUUACACCAUCAGUCACCCGUCAACGAACGCCCACCCAGGCUGAAGCUGCCACCGGCUCUAACGUGGUUUACACCACCUACACCACCACCACUUUGCUGCCCAUCCUGGGUGGUCAGCGCUCUAUCACCCUCACCAUCCUCACCUCUACUCUCACCACCCUAGCUGAGGAACAGGUCCACCUCAUCACUGACUCUCCUCAACUGUUCGAUCCAUCCUUGGCCACGGCGGUGCCCACACCUUCCUUGUCUACCCCUCCGCCCUCUCUGGCACCUUCUUCCCCUGUGGUGGUUGACACUCAGGCAGCCUCGGUGACCGACACGCUGUCUGAGGAAGCAGAAGUCACUUCUCCUGCCGUCACAGAUAAGGAGACUGGCACCCUCCUCGCACAGCCGGAGACUUCUAGGGCUUUCGGCUUCAUCCACGGGUCUCCGAGUCUCACUCCAGGGUCAGAACAGGGGUCGGGUCGGGCGGUUCUUGGACGACCCGGGUCAAAUCAGGUCAAGGGGUCGCUGGAGUCGAGUCUUGGCGAGGCUGAUGGUCAGCGCCUUGGGGCUCGGUUCAGCAUCGGCGCCCGUCACAACCUGGCCACCAAGGUCAUGAGUAAUGGCGUUGAGGUCAUUGUUGCCGGAGAUAAGACGGCUUCACCGCUUCCUCAAGACCAGAUAAUUACGAAUAACUUCGAUAAGUUCCUACGUCCGAUCACCCUCCCGCCUUCAACGUUGUCUGACCACAUGCUGCUCUUCGCCUCCCAGGAGACUGAUCACCCCAAGGUGACCCAGCUGGCAGGUGGUGAUGACGGCAUCUACCAGACCAACACCUACUUCACCACCUACACCUACUACAAUACGCUGCUGGCUGGUAACAAGCCCUUCGUCGUCACCAGUAAGCAGACAGUUCAGAAUGUGGAGACCGUGACGCUACCCGAGGCUGGUAACUUCAUUGAGCGGACAGAGGUGAUGUUCGACACCCAAACUUACUACACCACCCAGACAUUCACCCGGACAGUGGGCCCGGAGGAUUCUGAGAGAGUGGUCACCUCACAAGAGGUCCUGACGCAGGUAGUUAUCACGGAGGCACCAUCGGUGUCACGAUCCACCGUAGUGCCCACCCACUCCUCCCUGGUGACCAAGACCUACUUCACCACCCUCACCUACUACAACACUGCCUUACAUGCUGGUAAAACUGUUGUCAGUAGCAACACCGUCGUCUCGUCAGAGGUGGUGACUGAGACAGCCUAUGCCACCAGCACCACGAGCCUUGGUGGAGGAGUCUUUGACCUCACGCCCACUCCUGCAGUUGAGCCAUUUGCAUCUUUCAACAAUGACGAGGAUGACCUGGUGCUGUAUGCCACCAAGACGGUCUACACCACCCUCACCUACCUCACCACCAUCCUGCAGGACAGCGAGACUGUUACUGCCUCCAGGAUUGAGAUUUCCUCUAAUGUUGUUACAGAGUCUGUGACUUCAGCUCUAAGUUCUGAAGAGUUGAUUUCUUUCAGGAAUUCUUACUUGUCACAGCACGUGACGCCCACAGCUGUAAGCGCAUCACAGCCACAGACUGUUGCUUACAUAAAAAUCCGUGACAAUGUUUAUAAGCAGCUGCGCACUUUCUUCGCCACCUACACUCACUACACCACACUGCACAAUGGUGUUGUCAGGUCAAGGCUGGACACAAAGACCAAGGUCCUCACUUCUACUGUGACUACAAGUGGCAUCCCAGCCUCCCUCCUCAUCACUCCCACAAGCCAGUUUGAGCAGCCAACCAUUGGAGCCACCACUGAGCGUCCUUCCUCGGGCCUGGGCACGACUGUUCAGCUCGACCCGUCAUAUUUGUCUUCUCUGAAGAGUUCCAUCCUGGCAUCUAAACCAACGACGACCCUGACUGAUCCAGGGGGGGAGGAAGGGCUUCAGGCCACAGUUCUGGUUCAGGAGGGUGACCCAUCAGGCACCUUUGUGGUGAGCGACUCCACUACCUCAGCCACGCUGCUCGUGCGACCCUCUGAAGACCUCUCUACCUCAGUACUAACUGGGCAGACAAUUGUCAUCUUCGAUUCAUCUUACCUCUCUUCUAUCAAAUCUUCUUAUCUGGCAUCUCUCACUCCUGAUGCAUCCUUGUCUGGGCUCCCCAUCAGUCCAACAUUCGUGACUCCAACACCCACUGUGGACCCAGAUGUCGUAAGUCCCACCCUGCCUGCCACCACCCCAGACACAGGAUCAGUGGAGGUAGACACUAAUGCCCCCACAACAAUUGGUGCUAUUAUCCCAGCUGCAGGUGUUGACACCGAGACCCCAACUGAGACCGAGACUCCAACCGACCCACCAUCCACAGGUCCACCUCUUAUUUUACCUGUUCCUGCUGUGGCUCCUGUACCAGCUGUUGCUCCAGCUCCAUCUCCAGCUCUUGUUCCAGCUCCAUCCCCAGCUGCUGCUCCUGCUCCUGCUGCUGCUCCUGCUCCUGCAACUGGUGGUACUACUGCUGGAGGAAUCAGUUCUGGAGGCGUAAGUAUCACAGGUUCUGGCGACAGUGGCCUCAACUUUGACCUUGGUCCAAUGAUUAAUGCCAUGGCAGGCCUCCUACGUAAUAACCUCAACAAUCAACUUGUCAGUGCAAAGUCCGAUGUUGAUGGUAACCGCAGAAAAAUAAGCUCCCCUCUCCGACCUCCAAAUACUGUCAUCGCUGCUCAACGAGAACCUUUGUUCAUCCCAGUGGGUGGAGUGGGAGCUUCUCUCAGUAUAUCUCGGGAUCGUACAGAAGGUCCAGAACAAGGCUACAUCCCAUUAACACCACAUGGUAGACCUCCCCAUGGCCAGCCCAGGGCUCCUGCAGGUUCUCAGACACCACCACGAGGCAUCUCAGGCCAACCUAAUCCUGGCUUUAUUAGAAUAGCUCCAGAGAGGCCAGUGGCUGGUGUGCCAAGCUUCUCACUGCCUGUCAACAUUGAUGAGAUGGAAGGCUUUGGUCCCACCUUCUUGCCUCCAAGUACACAGUCUGGUUUUACUGCCAUGACGAAUGAACGUCUUGGUCCCACUCGAGUGUCAGUCAUUUCAGGGUCAUCGACCAUCUUCUUCGGAGGUGCAGGUCCAAGUGACCUGCCACCGCCAGGUCAGCCCGCCCCCACGUCACUACAGGGACACAAAGUUGACCAUGGAUCUGUUUUCAUACAGCCCAGUCACCCAAUCCUACUAGACGAGACGAGACCGGUACCUGUUCCCGUGCGUGUGCCUCUACCCGGUGAUGGAGGGCCUAUUCCCCUACCAGUCAUUCCUGAUGGUUUCUCAGACCAGCUGGCAGCAGGAGACACCCACCCACAGCUACUGUCUUCCAGACCACCACCAUACCGCCCUCAGCCAUCACUGUUAGCACCUCAAACUAUCGUCAGCAUAGAAGGUGAUAAUCGUAUCGUGAAGACACAGGUGAUUCCCGCUCACCUUGCUAACCAGUACCAUCCACAACCCUCCAUCAUUGUGUCUCCUCCACGUGGCGAGUUUGUCCUUCACUCCACAGUUGGUGUUGGUAUUAUUUCUGGAGGCUCUGGCAAUGAGGAUCGACCACAGCCACCAUCAGAAUUGGAAGGCACUGUAAUCUCAGGAGCAGAGACCAUCCUGUUAGGUCAAGGUCUUCAUAGUGGCCGCACUACUGUGGUCAGAGGCUCCUCCACUGUCAUGUCUGGUGCCACUACCAUCUUUGGCUCACUCUUUACUCGUCCAGCUGCCAGCGAAGAACCAAAAGGUGAUCUGACUUCUGUAGUGAGUGGACCUGGAGGCACCCCGACCCGUUUGAUCACCCGCGUGGAGACCUCAGCCCGCACCAUCACUGCUACAAGGACGGACGUUAUCUUCACGGCUGGUGUCACCUCCACCUUGACACAAGUGAUCCGUAGUACUCUUCCCCUACGCACCAUCGUCACUACCAUUGUUGGUACAGCAACUCAUGUUAACUACAUCACUGCCACUGUCGGACACAACACUGCUACUGAUGGCUUCCCUGAUUACAGUGACCCCACCACCUACCCACCAGGAUCUCCCUUCGACCCAGCCAACUACCCAUCAUUCCCUCUUAAUCCUCUUCCAAUAGAUCAAAACUUGCGCCUGCCCGGGAACCCCAACGUGAUGCUGGGCGGCGCCACUCUGGGCAUCGCUGAGGACAAUGAGAUAAGUCGUGUGGUUGAAAGCAAAAGUCCAGACCAAGAAAUCAAUAUCGGAGGACCGCUGAGUGCUCCUGUGUCACUAUGUGAGCCACAGUGUUCAGCUGCUCGCUACGAAGUGUGCAGGGUGGUGCGGGGCGCCCACACCUGUGUCUGCCGCUCUGGCUACUCCCGCAGGAACAGCUACGAUACAUGUAAACCUUCUCUCGCCUUCAACAUCCAAGUCCUGCUCGAUCGUAUGAGCGACGGGCAGUUGAUCUUCGACCCUGUGUUGCACAACACGUCCCACCCCGUUACCCAGGACCUCUCAGACAUCACCAUCCAUGGCGUCGACCAGGCCAUGAUGGGGUCCAAACUGGGAUCUCGGUACCACACUGCCACCGUCACCAAGUUUUCUGAUAUCAAGGAAAUGAUCAUGCCCAUCUCUGUAGAACCAAUGGAUCACGGUUUAGUGGCAGAUAUCAAGAUUGAAUUAUCCAGAACUGAAGAAGGUGAAAGUGAAGAUUUUUGGGACGACAUGAACGAGUCAGUGGUGAAAGAAGCACUGGAGUUGGCCCUCAAGGACACCAACCACUCCCUGGGCGGCACAGAGCUCUUCGCCAACAGGGAGAUCUCGGUACUGGCUGCUGAGGACUUUGACGAAUGCACCCACAUUGAUCACAACGACUGCUCUAGUAAUGCCAACUGCUUCAACAUCCCCGGGUCAUACCUCUGUGCCUGUAGGGAUGGCUUUAAGGACAUGGAUGAGAUGCCUGGCCGUCAGUGUGCUGUCCAGACGGAGCAGUGUGCACAAUGUAACUUCCAAGGAGAGUGUGUGACGGAGCGUGAUGGGUCUGUGGGCUGCAGGUGUCUUCAGUGGUUUAGUGGUGAUCGCUGCCAGGUCAACCUCAGAGUCCUGCUGAUUGUCCUCGUGACUGUGGGCUCACUCUUGAUCCUGCUGCUGCUGCUGUGUCUGUCUCUCUGUUGCCUCCGAUCACGACGCAACUCCAGGAAUCAGAUCGGACAGAUGGGUAGUGCCCCCACAUUCCUAAGAGCGCGAAGCACAGGAAUGUCAAGCACCCUGGAUCGUCGAGCCAUGAUCCAUGAGACGUCCUCAGAGAGCUCGGGUGAACACACUCGCCACCAUCCCACCUCCUUCAUGCCUCCGAUAAACUACGAGAAACAGGAGCGACCGCCCAGAGCACCUAGGUCAGAGAUGAGUACUGGCAGACACUCUCAUGCCUCCUUCGCCGAGGACCGCUCCGUCGGGGUACACACCACCCUGCCCCCUGUGCUGAUACCUCGCGUGAAGGGCCCAGCUCCAGCCCGUCCCUCUGUGGUUAGCCGCGGUGAAAACGGUGAGCCCAGGGUCAUGAUCGGUGCUGAUGCUCGUUCAGACCUCGCCAGUUCCCAGCAGGCAUUUGUCGACCUGCUGGACCAGCCUGCCCCCAUCAUAGGUCGGUCUAGUCGAAGGGAAAGCAUGACGGCUGCAUCUGUCCACAGCAGCGCCAGAAUCAACCGCUCGAGAUCACACUCUCGAGAGCGGCUGGCUGAUGCCUUCCUCCACCAGCUUCACCCACAGCCCGAGCAAGGAUCCACCAGGUCUCGCUCCACAGACCGGCUCCACCACCACAGCCACCAUGACCUCAACUCUGAAUUUGGUGUCAACUUCUCCUUCAGGGGGGGAGGAGAGCGGACAAUGAGUGAGGCGCGAUCCUAUGAUGAGACAACAGUGCGGCCACCAAUUAGAAGCUUACGUGCAGACAGCUUCUACUCUUCAAAGGCGCUCUCCUCACAACAUAUCUCUGACGAGCACCAAACCAUGGCUGAGAGGGACGGAGGCUCCACUGUGGUGUACCCCCAGACUGAACUGUACCGACCAGUCCGUGAUACCGACUCCCUGAGUGACAUGAGCGAGCUACACUCCAAGACAGCUUCAAGCAGAGCCGUCUCAAGGAACUUCUUCUCCUGAACGACCAAGUCACUGAAGCCAUCCACCGUCCACGUCUAUUAAUACCUGACGAGGAUGAAGGAUGUCCGAGUCUGCUUAGGAAGAGUAUUAUUUUUUUAACCUGCUGGUCUUUGGUAGUGGCUGUACAUGGGGAUUUUUUACACAGAAUGAGAUGAUUUAUUUUGACCUACUAUGGUCUUGAAGGUAGUGCGUUAGAGGUGCCAGUUGAUGGUCAUGUUUCAGAGGGAGCUGAUCAAGGCAGUGUUUGAGUAGUGGGAAAUGUGUGUUGACUGCCCGAGACUAGUGGGGAAAACUCUUCUUCUCUUUUUAUUUUAUUAUUUUUUUUAUAUAGGUUGUGAAAAUUUGGCAUAGAUGAUAACAUUACGGAAUAAACGUAAGAGAGAAGAGAAAUAUGAAUGUAUUUCUAUUUUUUUACCUCCAUCUUUUGUUCUGCAUCUUCUUGGCCUUUCACUUGUAAAGAACAAGAUUGUAAGGCCAAAAUCUACAAUGGUACUCUGCCAUUAUUUUAUGCUGCUUUUUUCCUCUAAUUUUCAGAGGUGCUUUUGUAAUUGGCAGAUGUAGGGGAGAGUGAGAAGGGGGAGGUGGUGUCCCCUACGAGUGUGGUGCAUACUAUUUUCUGUCAGGCAAAAAAGGUCACAAAUGGCUUGAGGAAUAAUCUAGCAUUUGCUCAAGGCAGCUUCAUAAUAUUUAUUUAUUUUGGAUGCAGCAGUUGAUAUAUGUAUACAGUAUUUUUUUUGUUUUCAUCUGUUUGCUAUCUUUUAUAGACUAACUGAGAGUGUUGAGGCCAGCGCUCCAUCUACUCUUUGUGACCUAUUUUGCUGAUUCAAUAUAUUUGCAAAUAAAAAAUUAUCCAUAUAUUGUACUUAUAAAUAAUUGUUACUUUACCUUUUAUUGUUUGGUGUAAAGUCCCGAAUUUGUUAUGUUAGUACAUUGUAAUUACUAAUAGUCUAAUCUUAGGAUAACAUUCAUAUUCUGAAGAACGCAUUUAUCGGGUUCUUUCAGGGAUUCAAACAUGACAUGACACUUUUCUUGAGCCAAUGUUUGUAUGGGAGAUCUUACUGGUGUGUGUACAACAGAACUUGAGUGUGUAGAGGACAAGUUGAGUGAAUACAGGACAACUUGAGUGUGUACAGCAGAACUUAAGUGAUGUACAGGGAACUUAAGUGUUUACAGCAGAACUUGAGUGUGAACAGGAUGUACAGGAGACCUUAGUAGUGUGUGUAAAGGUUAAAAAGUAAUUACUCUCUUGCCAAAAUUCACUUGGAUUGAGGGAAUGUAUACAGCCCAACACAGUGAAUUUUUUUUUUACAUUAUAUAGAUCAUUAGUUAACAAGACACUUGUUGUCUAUAUGAGCACCGUAGACACACUGUUAACGUCUUGAGUACACAUGUGGGCUGAAGACACAUUAUCGUGUUAUAUUAUUGAACCCUUGCAAUAACUCCUUAAGGCAAGAGUUUAUAAUGCCGAAAAUUCUUCAGAGAUUUUCUUGACUCGAAUCAUGAGACUUUCACUGAAUAUUUUAUGAGUUUGAAUUUUUAUCCUAGUAACUAUAAAGUGUAAAUAUAUCCAUUGUAUAUAUAUGUGUAACCAAGAGCAUGUGUCUGGCUGGUCCAAGCGAACUACUGUAUACUAUACCUAACUCUCUAACCAGCUAGUUAGUACGGUGCAGAUCUACGGUUAUUGCUGACUUGUCUCAACAUUCAGUCUGGUUUCAAGUAAAUCUAUUUGCUACUCAUUAAUUUUAAAGAACUUAAAAACUUUACAGGAAUGCUAAUCAAAAUAUUCAGAUUAUUUUUUAAUUUGAUCCUUGGUUGUUUAUUGGUGAAUUGCUGAGAAAGUAAAGUAGGUUCUCUUGAAGCAGCAAAAGAGAUCAGUAAUCGUGGACCAACUUCCACUUGCGGCAGUCCAGCAUUGUGCCUUUAUUCUUGGGUUGGACAUUUUGUAUAGUGACAUUGAAUUAGAAAACAACAUUCAUAUCUGUGCUAAAUUGGUGCAUCCGUGUCAAUUCUCCCUGUGUAAACACUACAUCUAAGUCAAAACUUAUGUUUUUUUAUAUGUGUGUGGCGUAUCAGCUGUUUCAUCUGGGAGAAUGAUGCAAACAAACUGUUUUUGUUUUAAAAGGUCCCCCCAGCCCGUUAUACCUUGUGCCAAAUGGCAGCACCUUUUCUUAGGAUCCAAUCAUGUGUCUCUCUCUCUAGGGUAGUUAUCUCCUUACAGGUGUUUUAGUCCUGGUUAUAUAACUUCUAUUUUUACUCUGUAGCUCCUGAAGUUUGGUUGAAGAUAAAAGAAAAUGUAAAUUGUGUGACUUUCGACCCAGCAGCAGGAGCUAGUCAGGAUAGACCCGUCUGGAUCUGCCACAAAAGAGGACUGUGGUGUCAAAAGUGUAUUGCGCUUGCUCCAUUUUAUUAAUAAAUAAUACGUAAAUA